GGAGGGGCCUCGGUCGGUCGGCAGCAGGCACCAUUUGUUCAGGGCCCUGCAGCCAAGGCAGCCGGCCGCCGCCACCUCCUCCCCGGGAGCCUCUCCGCGCCCGAAGGACGGUGGUGCUGCUGGGGGUGGUAUAAAUAGCGGUGUGGAAGAGGAAAGAGAUCCCGGCAGCCACCAUGAAGGGCCUGGGGCUGUUCUGCUGCUGCGUGGCCCCCCUCCUGCUCCUGGGGACGGCAGAACUGCAAGUCUCUGCCCCGGAUGGCACGGAAGACGCUGCCAGCCUGGCCGAGGGCCACUUGUUGUCUGGAGACCCCAGCCUGGCCCAGAAGGAGGGGAUGCUCUAUGGCGACGCCGCUGCACAGCUUCCUGGGAAGGGACUCCUCCUCCAGCCCGCGGUCAGCCAUCGGGAUGCCCACAGAGAGCCCCACGCCAUGGCGAGUGCCGGCCUGGAGGCCCACGCUGACAUCUCGGGUGAGAAGGCAGCAGAGGGCGCCGUGGCCCAAGGAGGAAGGGGAGACGGACCGGGAUACCCGGGGGCAGCGUUGGCUGGAGAGGCGGCUCCUGAAUCUGAGGAGGAUGAGCGGGAAGGUGCCCGUGGAGGUGGGCCCCAGUUGCAUCCAGGGCCCGGUGAAGACACCCUCCUGGGAAGAAGCGUAGAGACCUCCGAGAGCCCACUCACGUCCUCCGUUCAGGACACCCCGGGCACCCAGGCCGCAGACUCAGGCGAAGGCACUGGAGGCGACUCUGGGGCAGGAGACUUGAGUGUUGGCUCCUCCGUGGAGGAGCUCUUGGAGGCAGCGGGUGCCACCCUGCAGGGCACCGAAGAGACCGAAGGGGGGGAAGUCCCGGAGGAUCUGGAGGCCGGAGAAGGAGGUUCCAGAGAGGAAGAGGGAGCCAGCCUGAGCGAGAGGGAGAGAGAGAGUGGAACAGCGGAAGGCCCCAGGCAGUUUAAGGCAUCCCGUUCUGAUGAUGAUGAAGAAGAAGAAGAAGAUGAUGAUAGUGAUGAUGAUGAUGAAGAUGAAGAAGAAGAUGAAGAAGAUGAUAAUUAUGACGUCGUGGUGGCAGCAAGAGAAGAGCUUGCAACCCCAGCCCAUGAAGAAGAAGAAGAUGGUGAUGAUUCUGAGGAGGAAGGAGGAAUGGAAACGGAAGACAUCCCUUUGGCAGUAGGAGAGAUUUCCCAGGAGGAGGAGGAAGGCGGCGUCGCCCUUGGAGACGGAGGAGAUUCCGAAGAGGAAGCCGAUGGGGAAGACCCACCCAGCAGCAGAGACACCGGCCUGGAGACGGCUCCCGGGGGGCCCCAGCUCCCGCCCCUAGAGGGAGGCCUCAGUGAAGCUGGAACAGAGUCCGGGUUGCCUAGCGAUGGGGACGUCCUCCACGGAGGUGACGGGUCCCCCCCUGGAGACAACAACCCAGCCGUGGCUGUGGACCCCGUGGCCAAAGCCGCCAACCCGCCAGCCGAUCCUCCCACUCAGCUCUCCCAGAGAGAAGAAGGGGAGGAUGCCAGGGAAGCUGCCCUGAGGGAUCGCUCCCACAUUGAGAAUACCUUGAAACUGAAGGAGGACAAGCCGGUGGAUGACUACUCAGCCACCCUGCAGCGCCUGAGGAAGAUCUAUCACAGCGCCAUCAAGCCCUUGGAACAGUCCUACAAGUACAAUGAGCUGCGGCAGCACGAGAUCACCGCUUACCCUGGACGCACCUUGGGCUCUUCAGCCACAGAUGGAGAGAUUACUUCCAAGCCGAUGGUGCUGUUCCUGGGGCCGUGGAGCGUUGGCAAAUCCACCAUGAUCAACUAUCUGCUGGGACUGGACGACACGCCUUACCAGCUCUACACGGGAGCCGAGCCGACCACCUCAGAGUUCACCGUCAUCAUGCACGGCCCCAAGCUCAAGACCAUCGAAGGCAUUGUCAUGGCCGCCGACAGCGCUCGCUCCUUCUCCCCACUUGAAAAGUUUGGGCAGAACUUUCUGGAGAAGCUGAUUGGGAUUGAGGUGCCUCAUAAGCUUUUGGAGAGGGUUACCUUUGUGGAUACCCCGGGGAUCAUUGAGAAUCGGAAGCAGCAAGAACGAGGCUACCCGUUUAAUGACGUCUGCCAGUGGUUCAUCGACAGAGCCGACCUAAUUUUCGUGGUGUUUGACCCCACAAAGCUGGACGUGGGGCUGGAGCUUGAGAUGUUGUUCCGCCAGCUGAAGGGCCGCGAAUCCCAGAUCAGAAUAAUCCUGAACAAGGCAGACAGCCUGGCCACUCAGGAGCUCAUGCGAGUCUACGGGGCCUUGUUUUGGAGCCUGGCCCCACUGAUCAAUGUCACCGAGCCCCCCCGGGUUUAUGUCAGCUCCUUUUGGGCUCCAGACUACCAGCCGGACACUCACAGAGACCUUUUCCUCAAAGAAGAGAUCUCGCUCCUAGAAGACCUUAACCAGGUAAUUGAAAAUAGGCUAGAGAACAAGAUUGCCUUCAUCCGUCAGCACGCCAUCAGGGUCCGUAUCCACGCGCUCCUUGUCGACCGCUACUUACAAACCUAUAAGGACAAAAUGACCUUCUUCAGUGAUGGAGAACUGGUGUUCAAGGACAUUGUGGAGGAUCCAGACAAGUUCUACAUCUUCAAGUCCAUUCUGGCCAAGACCAACGUCAGCAAGUUUGACCUCCCUAACCGCGAGGCCUACAAGGACUUCUUUGGGAUCAAUCCUAUCAGCUCCUUCAAGCUCCUGGCUCAGCAGUGUUCCUACAUGGGAGGCUGUUUCCUGGAGAAGAUCGAGAAGGCCAUCACCCACGAGCUACCUGAUCUCUUGGGGAGCGUUGGCCUGGGGAAAAAGCCCAGUGUCCUCUCCUGUGAUACAACUGGCUGUGGGGAAACUCCAAAGAACCGUUACAAGAAACAUUAACGGGGCCGUUCCACAUAACCGCCAGUUCCUUUGCUCCUGUUGGUGAAUGAGCUUAUGUCUUAUCUGUCCAAGAUGCCGAGGUUUGUUAACCCUUCCAAUGCCACACUGGCAAGAGCUAAUAUACAAGGAGGAGUCCCUGGCAGCAACGGCGGGGGGGGGGGGUGGG